CGGCGCUGCCGCGGGGGCCGCUGCCGGGGAGGUGGGGCCGAGGCGGGCAGCGUGCCGCCGCUGCCUCGCGGAGGCCGCGUUAGCCCCCCGGGCCUGCGGGGAGGCAGCGGGCGAUCGGGACGGGGUUGAGGUGACUGGCCUCUGAAGGGCCGUGUCCCGCGUAGGAAUGGCCCGCUUGCUGUUAUGCUUAAAAGAGAUUUUCUGCCGAGUGCUUUUAUGACUUCGUUUGUAACUUCAUGGUAAAAGAGCUUCUGCAAGUAUCUAUUUGAUUACCACAUCAUCUGGAUCCAGAGAUUGCUUUUACUAAAAUGUGGACUUCCAAAAAGCUUUGUAGCACUCAAAUACUGUUGCUCCAGAUGAAAGAAGGCCAGUUGUGUAGUUGCAUGUUUCCCAAAACUUGGCAAUUCUGGAUUGGAAUUCCAAGCUAUUUCACUUUAAGAGUGCCACAUAGCAGAGCUAAAUUCCAGGUUUCCAAGGUAAAUGAUAAACAAUCAGUAGUUGAUAGAAAAAUGGCUACAAGUGCAGAGGGAACCAAAAUAGCUGUUGGAAAAAGUCCCAGUGGAGUAUGUGAUGGAAGACAACAUUCAUUACAAGCCCAAAUGAGACACAUCAACCUGUCCUUUGCAGCUUGUGGCUUUCUGGGCAUAUACCACUUGGGGGCAGCAGCUGCUUUUCACAGGCAUGGUAAGAAGUUACUGAGAGAUGUGAAAGCUUUUGCGGGAGCUUCUGCGGGAUCUCUGGCUGCCGCUGUCUUGUUAGCAGUGCCAGAAAAUAUAGAGAAAUGUAAGCACUUUACCUAUGGAUUUGCAGAGGAAGUCAGAAGACUGAACUUUGGUGCUGUAACACCUGGUUAUGAUUUUAUGAAAACACUUAGGGAGGGCAUAGAGUCUAUUCUUCCUUCUGAUGUUCAUGAGAUAGCUGAGAACCGGCUCUAUGUGUCAGUCACUAACUCCAAGAGUGGGGAAAAUCACUUGGUUUCAAAUUUUGCCUCCAGGGAGGACCUCAUUAAGGUCCUGCUAGCAAGUAGUUUUAUACCAGUGUAUGCAGGAAUUAAGCCAGUGGAAUUUAAAGGACAGAAGUGGGUUGAUGGUGGCCUUACCAAUGGCCUUCCUAUCUUGCCUGUUGGAAGAACGGUGACAAUUUCCCCUUUCAGCGGUCGAUUAGAUAUCUGUCCACAAGAUAAAGGGCGUGUGGACCUGUAUGUUAAAUUAGCAAAGCAAGAUAUGAUGCUUCUUGCUCUGUUGCAGCUGUCUCUGGCCAACCUAGUAAGGCUUAAUCAAGCUUUGUUCCCACCAGACCAGGAGAAAAUGGAAUCAUUGUACCAAAAUGGCUUUGACGAUGCUGUACGCUUUUUAUUGAAAGAAAACUGGUUUGAGUAGACAGCUCAUAGAAAAUUAGCAAAACAUGAGGGAUGUCAAAACACACCUACAGGCAUCCUAGAGAAUCUCAGGGAUUGCUCCUCAGUUCCUUUUCCUGAAAAUAAACAUCCCAAUGGACUUGUGUCUGCUUCUGCUGAGAAAGUAUCAGUUGUGCUCCACAGAGCUGUAUAAACAUGUCAGAACAGGAGCUGGACGUGCCUGGUGGAUGUCUUGUUUUAAGGAGGUUCCACUUAGAUUCAUUUUGCUUCAGAUGGGGACUUGAGUAUGAGAUUUGUAAAAAGCUUGUAAAAAGUGUCAUAAUUACAGAAAUUUGGAAAGGUUUUUUUCAGUGUUAAUUAAGAGGAGAAUUGAUGUUAUAUAAUGAAAAAUUACCAUCUGUAUUAUUCAAGUAACAGAAUUCUGUGUAUUAGUUCUGCAUAUUAAUUGGAUGCUUGCAGUGUUAUUGAACUAAAAUGUAACUUGCACUGUUUUAAAGGACUUGAAAAUUAAGUACUAGACACAAGACGAUAAAACAUUUGCACUCUUAAGUAUUUUUUUCAUGUUAAAAGUUCUUUCUUCAGUGAAUGUCUUCUUUUAAAAUUUUAAAUACUACCUGAAAUUUUUAGCAGAAAUGUGAUAUAAAAUAACUUGUAAAGAAGGGUGUAAAAAUUGUCAUAUUUAUUAUGUUUUCUCUUCCUCUGCCAAAACUGAAUAAAUAUAUUUUCUUGAAACUUC